AUGGCAGUCAUACGUCGUUGCCUUGUCCUUAUUCUAGGCCUCGGCACAUCAUUCGUCAACGCGCAGAAACUCUCUGAGUCAUGCGGUGCGCUCAGGGGACUGAACUCGGAAGGCGUGGAGACCAACUAUGGCGACAAGCGAGGAGAAAUCGCCAUGGCUAUCCAGGAAGUCGGGGCUAUAGCCGAGAGAGCUCGCGAUUAUAUGAAUAAGGCGGCGGACCAGAGCGGUGACAACUUUGAUAUCACCCGAACUGUCCAGUCAUUCAACACUUUCCAGGGCCAGAACGACGGGGAUAAGUCGACCUCGCAAGACCGCUGGAAUAAGGUCAUAAAAAGCCUCGAGACACUCAAGGACUAUGUGGACAAUCGAAACACACGUGAUCCUCCGUUCUUAUGCGGUGAUGGGCACUUGACCAGGUUCACGCACUAUGAGAACGGGAACCGAAUCCAGAUUCCCUAUACAGAUGGAACUGCUGCCGACUCAUAUAUGUAUUACGACACCUUCGCCCAAGAAUGGUGGCCAGUCGGCGAGCCCGCCUGCCAGGAUGACUUGGGGACUAUCGCCAUCACUCACAUGGGCAAAUACAUUCAAGUCUGUUCGUCAGCCUUCUCUUUUGCACAGAUGACGGAGCCUCGGUCUACGAUCGACGAGCACGACGACUCCUCAAAAGAUUGGAGCGACAGUAAAUACGCGGGUGACUAUAGUCAAUCGCUGGACUAUUGGGCCACUCCUCUCAGUUAUAGCAUGUUCCAUGAGCUGACACACUUCUUGCUCGGUUAUGACGACCAUCCGAUCUCGGAACCCGUCAGCUGGCUUGGCGGCACUGUCAACAAGGCCUACAAGUUUAACGGCGCCGUUAAGUUGGUCUCAGAUAAUGUUGACAAAACCGCGACCAAUGUUGAUAGUCUAGGCAUGCUGGCACUGUCCCUCUUCAUGAAAGAGAAUAACUGGAGCUCCGGCCGUGCAAGGGGCAAGGACAGCUAA